UUGGUGAUGCUGUCAGUUCAUAUGGCUAGCGCUACUGUACAGUACCUGGUUAAAGAAUAAAGAGAUGUGGCAGCUCGAGGACAGUGCUGUGUUUUAUCAGGAGAAAUGUCCGGCGAAUACACAGUCACCAUUUUACGGAAAAUGAAAAUACAUGGAGUCAUUUGAGAGCCAUGCGUUUUCUCCCACAGUUGGCAGGCAGGUAUUUUCCUACAGCCAGGCGUCGCACUGGGAAAGCAUUUCACUUGGCACCGCCGCUGGCUGGUGAUUUAGCAUGAAUGCUAGCUAACUUAUGAACAACACGCAUGUUUAUAUUUAGCCGUAGAAGCAACGUUAACAGGCAGCAGCAGUUUUUUAUUUUAAUUUAUAUUUUUUAUGAAUUGUCGUUGUCCGCCUCAUGGGGGGUUCACACAUGUCCCUCCAUAAGUCAGAACCUCCAGACAUAAACUCUGAAGUGUCUGUUACAUGUUAGCUGGCAUCUCCUACAUCGUGAGAAGAAACCGUGUGUAGUGUUGUAGGCGUGUGUUUCGUCUUGUAGGCAGGUAAAGAAACUUCAGAUAUGCACUGUCAGGCAGGAUAAAUGAUGUGGAGCAGCUCUUCAGACAGAGGACCGACCCAGGACUGCCACACUACACCAGCUGUGUGUCACUGUGGACGGAGCUGAGAGUGUUAACCCAGACGAGUCCUCAGACCUGACAGCUCCACCUCGCCAUGGGACACUAAACCAGCUUUUCUACACCAUCUUCAUCCACCUGUGAGGACUUCUGGGCUUGGUGUCCACCCGUUUGUCUCUAGCUCUGUAUUGUCACCCGUCUGUCUGUGAGAAGAUGUUUGGACCAGCAGUGAUUCAGUCAUGACAAGGCAUGUCUGUGGUCUGCAGCCAAAGGAUGCAUUUCUGAAGUGGACCCAGACAGAAGUGAUACACAACCUCAUGGUGCAGAAUAUGUUAAAAUCAGGGGUUCCGGGGCAUUCUCCCACCAAGGACUCUAAAAUUACAGAGUAGAUAAAAGCUGAUGAGGCGUUGCUAUAGGGGACCUGAUCUGAGCCUCUUGUGGAUUACUGUUGGUGCUGUCAUCUGGGACAGAGACACCUGUGAUCACCUUAUUUAGUCCGUGGAAUUAAUCUUUUCCUCUUUGGACGCAGACCCCCCUGGAUACCUGCCCAGGGCCCCCCUGGUGGUCCCUGGACUCCACGUUUGGAGCCCCUGGUUGAAGUUCUCAGAGCUCUUGGAGAAGAGCUACAUUUAUUGAAACCCUUCCUGUUUUCUGUCAUCCCACCAAGAAAGACCUUUUUUUUUUUUUUUUUUUUUUACCAUGCAUUGAAGGCUGAACUAGAAGCCUUAGCGAGAGUCAAGUUUACACGGAGUCAGCCAUGCCUAUCAGAAAAAAAGACACAGCUCGAGCCUUGGGGCUUUUGGAGGAGUACUGCACUAAACUGAGGAAGCCGGAGGAGCAGCAGCUCAAAACUGCCAUUCAGAGAGUAAUGGGAAUUUUCAAAAGCAACCUGUUUGAAGCUCUUCUUGAUAUCCAGGAGUUCUAUGAAGUGACGCUGCUAAACACACAGAAGAGCUGUGAGCAAAAGCUGGAGGAGGUCAACCACAUGGCGGACAAGUGGGAGAAGAGUGUUUCUAUACAAAACUCUGAAGUUGCACACUCUGCCUGUCCAGUGGAGGAGCAGAGGGAGCAGAGCAGCUCAGAACCCAGCGGGACGGAGAGGGGAGAGAGCAGUGCCAAGACCUCUGAGAACAGGCCACCAGCAGUACAGGGGUCACCCCACAACGGCCAGCCCCUACCCUGCAUGAACCCUGCCUUGAUGAACGCUCCUUGGCAGUACCAGUACCAAGAAGACGACUCACCUCCUCUUGACCAGGGAUUCCCGCGGCUCACCAACGAGGUGCGCGCCCCUGAGCUUGUGCACGUGUCCGAGAAGAACCUGUCCGAGAUCGAGAAUGUUCAUGGCUACGUGUCCCAUGCCCACAUCUCUCCUCUCAAGCCUGCACUGGUUACCCGUUUUGAUCUUGCAUACCCGGGUGUGACCACAGCAAACUACAUGGCCAGCCCUGCCCCGAUAAUCGUCAACACAGACACUUUGGAGUCAGUUCCUUAUGUCAACGGCACAGAAAUUGAAUAUGAGUUUGAGGAAAUCACUCUUGAGCGGGGUAACUCGGGGUUGGGCUUCAGCAUCGCCGGAGGGACAGAUAACCCACACAUCGGUGACGACCCUGGCAUUUUCAUCACCAAGAUCAUCCCCGGAGGAGCUGCAGCAGAGGAUGGACGACUGAGAGUUAACGACUGCAUCCUACGGGUGAAUGACGCAGACGUGUCUGAAGUGUCUCACAGUAAGGCGGUAGAAGCCCUGAAGGUUGCAGGUUCUAUUGUUAGGCUGUAUGUGCGGCGCCGCAGGCCAAUGCUUGAGACCAUCAUUGAGAUUAAACUCAUCAAAGGACCAAAAGGGCUUGGCUUCAGUAUUGCAGGUGGAGUUGGAAACCAGCACAUCCCUGGUGACAACAGCAUAUACGUCACCAAGAUCAUUGAUGGCGGGGCAGCACUAAAGGAUGGUCGACUACAAGUAGGAGACAGGCUUUUAAUGGUAAACAACUACAGUCUGGAGGAAGUGUCUCACGAAGAGGCUGUGGCCAUUUUGAAGAACACGUCGGACGUGGUUUACCUAAAGGUGGGAAAGCCCACCAAUGUCUACCUAUCAGAUCCCUAUGGGCCUCCUGAUAUCACACAUUCUUUUUCUCCAGCCAUGGAAAAUCAUAUCUCUUCCCCCGUCAACAGUGGCACUCUGGAGUACAAGUCUGGUCUCCCUCCAAUCUCCCCCGGGAGUUAUUCCCCCCUUCCUAAGCACUUACUGGGGGAAGAGGAUAUAAACAGGUUGGAUGGUUUUUCCUUCUUACGAAAUCCCUCACUAGAUGACGGGGAGGGUCACAGGUUUGAUUCCCAGCACUUCCAGUUGAGGCCUCCUGAGCCAGUUUACAGCACUGUGAACAAACUUUGUGACAAAGCACCCUCCCCCCGACACUAUUCCCCAGUGGAGUGCGACAAAAGCCUCCUCCACUCUGCCCCCCUCCCAUAUCACUUAAGCCUGUUCCCUGACUCGGACUUCACCAGGGAACCUAGGAAGGUCGUGCUCCACAAAGGCUCCACAGGCCUGGGCUUCAACAUCGUGGGCGGCGAGGAUGGCGAGGGCAUCUUUGUCUCGUUCAUCCUGGCAGGAGGGCCCGCUGACCUGAGUGGAGAGCUGAGGCGAGGCGACCAGAUCUUAUCGGUAAAUGGUAUUGACCUGCGAGGAGCCACACAUGAACAAGCAGCAGCAGCACUGAAAGGAGCUGGCCAGGUGGUCACCAUCAUUGCCCAGUACAGACCAGAAGAGUACGGGCGUUUUGAGGCCAAAAUCCAUGACCUGCGGGAACAGAUGAUGAACCACAGCAUGAGUUCUGGGUCGGGAUCCCUGCGAACCAAUCAAAAGAGAUCGCUCUAUGUGAGGGCGCUGUUUGACUAUGAAAAGUCAAAGGAUAGUGGCCUCCCCAGCCAGGGGCUCAGCUUCAGGUAUGGGGACAUCCUCCACGUCAUCAACGCCUCAGAUGAUGAGUGGUGGCAGGCCCGCCGUGUCACCCCACACGGGGACAGUGAAGAAAUGGGUGUCAUCCCCAGCAAGAGACGGGUGGAAAGGAAAGAGCGAGCGCGUCUAAAGACUGUGAAAUUCAAUGCCAAGCCAGGGUCGUUUGAUUCGAAAGGGUCAUUCAAUGACAAACGUAAAAAGAAUUUCAUCUUUACACGAAAGUUCCCAUUCUACAAGAACAAAGAGGGUGAGCAGGAUGGCAGUGAUUCUGACCGGAGUCAAGAGGACGUGAUUCUCUCAUAUGAACCUGUGAUGCGGCAAGAAAUUAAUUAUGCCAGACCAGUCAUAAUCCUGGGGCCGAUGAAGGACAGAAUCAAUGAUGAUCUGAUAUCAGAAUUCCCAGACAAGUUUGGGUCAUGUGUGCCACAUACCACUCGGCCGAAGAGGGACUACGAGGUAGACGGGCGAGACUACCACUUUGUGAUGUCCAGAGAGCAGAUGGAGAAGGACAUCCAAGAGCACAAGUUCAUCGAGGCGGGACAGUACAAUGAUAAUUUGUAUGGAACGAGUGUGCAGUCUGUGAAAUAUGUGGCUGAAAGGGGUAAACACUGCAUUCUGGAUGUGUCUGGAAACGCCAUCAAACGACUACAAGUAGCACAACUCUAUCCCAUCGCCAUCUUCAUAAAACCCAAGUCUAUUGAUUCAUUAAUGGACAUGAAUAAGAGACUGACGGAGGAACAAGCCAAGAAAACGUUUGACAGGGCGAUGAAGCUGGAGCAGGAGUUUGGGGAAUUCUUUACAGCCCUGGUUCAAGGAGACACGUUAGAGGACAUUUAUAACCACUGCAAACAGGUCAUAGAAGAACAUUCAGGACCCUAUAUCUGGAUCCCCUCAAAGGAGAAACUAUAAUAACUCAUCACCCUGGAAGGGAGUCUGGACUGCUAGAAACUAGUAAUAAGUUGUAACAUAUGAUAACUGUAUGGCAAUGAAUAGUCUUCAUGAAUAAUUAUUGUGUAUAUGUUUUAUGUUUUUAUUUUUAUUUUAUUUUUUUCACUUUUUUUGGUUAUUGCUUCAUUUUUUCACUCAACAUGAAUGUUCCUGAAUGUAUUCCACAAAGCGUUAGGAAAUUUUAGGUCUUGAGUUAUGAACCGUUUGUAUAUUUGUUGAUUUUUAUUUGAGCAAAAAGGAGAAGAAAUGUAAUGAAAACUAAAUAAAUAUGGGGUAUGUGUCCACAUUGGCACUGUGUGGAAUUUCAAACAGUAAACUGGGGAUGGCAGAUACAGUGCAGGUUUCUCUGCGUCGCUAACAUAGGAAGGAAAGUAGGUAUUCCAACUGACGCCCUCACCCUCCCUCCAUCCUGCAACGACGAGCUAAUAAUCAUAUGAACUUUAACGUUUUGUCUGAUUUUGCAUCUAUGCAUCCCCUGAACACAGCUUUGCUUUGUGUUUGUUUACAUCGUCAUUUUUUUCCUUGAAUUACUGUAUUUAUUUCUCUGACAUGACACUUAGGAUGUGUGAGGAAAGUGUUUUAUUCACUGUAAGAUUACCAUGUUUUUUCGUUUGUUUUUUAUUUAAAAGCAGACAUUACUCAUCCAGCUGUUGCAUUGACAAUGAUUAAAGGGAGAAAGCUGCUAUUGGAGAUGUAACACUAUAUUUUGCUACUUAAAUUGCUAGGGGGCACAAAAGCACAGAGUUAUUUGUUAUUGAAAUUAUGACUUUGAUUAAAAGCUCAUUUACGGAGCAUAUUUUAUUUGAAUGAUGUAGUUAGUAUGUUGUGACUGUGUUAGGAUGGAUGGGAACAUUAUGGUAAAAGAGACAUUUGAUGUUGACAGUAUUUUGUAGAUUCAGAGAGGUAAGGGUGGUCAAAGUAGUGAUUAAAUUUCAUACUGAAACACAAAUUUUGUCAUUUGAAACUAACAACAGGACACUGAAGAAAGAGAAUAAGAAUAGAGGACCAAUAGUAUAAAAAUAUCCGGCAGAAAAAGGCAAAAACAGAUUGCACAAAAUGCAGUUAGGAGACAGAUAUUGAUAGCAACGUUAUAAUUUACAAAUUAAGUAACAGUAGUUAACACUAAAGUUAUUAAGGAUGUGAGAGAUUUAAAAGGUGAGUUUUUUUAACUUUACUUUGAAGAGGAUACUGAUUCAGAUAGCUUGUUCUUCUCUGGAAGGCUGUUCCUGAGUCUUAAUGAAAAAGCUUUGAUAAUCAUGAUGGUUCAUAGCCUGGGAAGACCCAACACACACCAUGAUACCGUGACCCAAGGCUGGUCUCCGAUUCACACACAGUUUCUUUACAAUAUCUCUGUGUUUCCCUGUAGAGCUGCAGAGGAGGGAGUGUAACACAAAGCAGCAAUUUUGUACUAAAAAGACAAUAACUUUGGAGAUACCCAAUUGACUGUCUGUGGAUUUUGUUCCCCAUCCCUUCAGCUGGAAGCUUAUUAGGAAGGGGUCUCUUAAUUGCCAGCAUGGAGAGAAGGAAUGAGUGCAGCAAGAAAAACCUACGCCAGUGUUCAUAUAGACACCUGAUGUUGUUUUAAAGGAAUACUUAACCCACAAAAUGACCAUUUGUACAUCAGUUACUCACUGUUUUACCUUAAAUUCUGCACAAGUUGCGUGAGUGUUUGUAAACAGAUGUUUUGAUAUAGUUUUGCUGCCGUUAAAGGAGUUUUUGUAACCUGCAAAAUUACUUUUGUAUCAAUCAUGUCAUCUUUUUUUUUUCUUUUUUUUUGCAUGCCUCCACAGAAAACAGCGGACAUAUUGAUUUAUUGAUUGAUUGGGCGCCACAACUAUCUAUAAUCCAAGUCUCAUUUAUUCAAUUAUAUGCUCAGUACUUCCCAAACACAUGCAUUUUCUCUAAUAAAAAAAAACAAACAAAAAAACUCAGUAUUGGAGACAAGCUUUGAUGAGAGUGUAAAUAUGUUUUAUUUUCAGUUCAGUUUUAAAAAGUAAGUCUCAAGUGAAAAUUCAUGUUUUUGGGAAGGACUGUGCAUAUGACUGGAUUCAUAAGACUUGGAUUAUACUGCUCAAGUUGUGUGAGAGUUUGUAAUGUUUAAUGUUGGAUUGGAUGUUCUGAUGAAGUUUUGCUGUUUUUAAUUGGUCACUAAUUAAAAAAAAUAUAUGUUUGCUGCUUUUUUUGUCUUCUUCACAAAUUCAAGGUAACAUGACAUGACUAAUUGAUUCACAAAUGGUAAUUUUGUGGGUGAAGUGUUUCUUUAAAUGUGGACCCCAAUUGAAUCAUGAAAAAGGCUAGCCAUUUUUGGAUCCUCCGUCCACUGUAGAGGCAUACCAGAAAAACCAAGUUUUCUUAACAAAGUCAAGAUACCCGCUGUGUGUAAUUGAUAUACAAAUGGUUAUUUUUUUGUGUGAGGUGUCUUUAAGAUAGACUAGAAAAAUUGUGAGCCUGCCUUUCAGCUGUAGGCGUAGAAAAAAAUAAAAAACAUUUAAACUUGAUUAUGGACACAGAGUAUAGUAGCCAUUGGCAUCCUCCGCUAAAGACACUAAUAUUGAUCUGUGAGGUUCUAGCUGGAGAACUCAUGACUAAACAACCCAUUUGACUCCUUCCCCAAGCCAGAUCUGGUUUAAAAAACAUUUGAGAACACCUUUAAAUGUUCAGCAGAACACCUGACAGGUGAACAAGAACUAUCCUGAAUCAGUGACAGAGAGCUAGGAGCUGCCUGAAUAAAGCUAUCUCAGAUUUCUUACUGUUUGCUUUAGCAGUGGAUGAGCCCUGAGGUCCUGAGCAGAUGCUUAACUGACCCAGCACGAUACAGUAUAUCCACUAUAUAUAGUUUACUCACCAGUGGCUUGCCUUGUUUGAAAGGACAUACAAUAUAGUACCUCGCUUUGUUAAAAACAAAAAACGAAAUAAAAAUAAAAAUCCAUUAUGUACUUAAAGCACUUGGAAUGACUAAUGCAUCUACCAGUGUAAUAACCUUCCUGUUCUGUUCAACUGCAACGCCAUUGGUCAUUAGAUUCCCAUUUCAGCGAUUUGUGAGUGAUAUCCUGUAUAUUCUAGUAUUCCUAUUUGGUGUAGACAGCAUGUUUUACCCAACCUGUUAUCAAGUAAAUAUAGUAGUUACAUUGAAUGCAGGUAUGUUUCUAAUCAAUGGGACAUUUCAAAAGUGCACUUAUUCAUUGUUUUUAGUAACAAAAAUAGGCACUGUAAGAUAACAGUAAGAAUACAGUUUUUCAAGCAAAUAUAAAUCAGAUCUGUUGAUUAUUGUGUUAGAUGGCAAAGUGAAAUGGGAGAAGACUGAACCCCGACCUGUUUGUACUGACCACAUACUGUACCUGUUGUAGACUGACAAGCACUUAAACCACACCGCAUUUCUAAAACGAGUGUGUUCUUUGGAGAUGAAAAUGAUGUUUUUAUGUACAGAUAGGAUCAUAUUUCUCUUGUCCCGUGUCAGGAGUUGGUUAAGAUUUGUGGCUGAUGGAGUAACAUAUUUUCAGCACUGACGUGAAGAUCAACACUAGUGUUUCCUUUUAUUUUUUGCAAUGUUUCAAGAUAUCUACCAUCAUUCUUUUGCAAAUGUUCCAUAACGUAUUGGUCACCACUUGCCUUAACAGAGUAGGUUUACUGUAUAUCAGAGAUGAAAGCUUAUAAAUGUACUUUUCCUUUAAGAAUAGAACAUUUUAUUUAAUCCUCCUUCACAUCUAAACUUCAGUGAGAGAUGGCUGAGUCAGAUCUAAAGCAUAUGGCUUUAUGCUGAAGGUGGUGAUGCCUGAUAAAGUCAAAGGCUGGAGUAAUAUUUUAUAUUUUGUAAUUUUAUCUUUAAAAAAUGAGCAUUUCUGUGGCAACAAGAAAAUGGUGAAUUAGACACCUCAAUAUUUUCAUCCUUGUUUUUAAAAUUGGCCAGCAAUAUGAUGACAUGUAAAGAAAAUAUAUCGUCAUAUACUGGCUUGGUACUAAUGCUCAAUCUAAUACAGUACUUCCAAAGUCUUUGUGAACAUUGUAACACAUUUACAGGCCAGUGGGGAUUUGUGUGUGGAAAUGUAAAGGAUGUCUGACCUAUGCAUGUUGCAACAGUCUUCUGUUUCCUGUGGAUGUGCAAUAUUCAACACAACUGAAGCGUUGAGGUCCUUGCUGUGUUUUAAGACAUGAUCAAACUGCAGAUUUGAACCAUCCAAUCAGACUUGUGUCUAUUUUAAACUCAAAUAAAAACACUGUUGUAAGAGGUGGUGUCCAAGCAAUAUGUUUUGGUCAACACAUUUAGCAUAUUUCCUUUCCAGUCAUGUCAGUAGUAAACCCAAAGUGACAAUUUAUAAUUUGCUAUUAUGAUUAACAUUAUUGACCCCAUAAAAAUAAGCAUAUAUCAAAAGUUGGUCUUUCAGCUACAAUUUUUGCAGGUCAAUGUUCUCUGCCCAAAUUCAUCGACAUUGUGUCCAUAUUCAGAGGUUGCAUCAUUGUGAGGACGCUAAUCAUAAAGGUGCAUUUCAGUAAUGUUGCUCUAAGGUGCUCCUCAUCAACUUAUUAAAGGGACAGUUCACCCCAAAAUGGGAAAUACAUAUUUUUUCUUCUACCUGUUGUGAUACAUAUCAGUCUGAAUUGUUUUGGUGUGAGUUGCCAGAGAUAUCUGCCUUCUCUCCAAUAUAAUGGAACUAGAUGGCACUCACCUUGUGGUGCAUACAGCACCAGUAAAGUACUUUUAGUAGAAAAACUCAGCAGCAAUGUCUAUUUCCAGAAAUCUUGACCCAGUUUCUCAAGAUAAUCCACAGACCUUGUUGUGAGCAGUUUCA